AACCCUUUAAUUGUAAGAAAGUCAAAGGUGAAAUAAUAGAUAUGAGAAUGAGCCCCUCGCCCCUCUGGAAAUAGACCUGCUAUCUAGCCUACAUAGUGUGAAGUGUGUUCAGCAGCUCUGCUAUUCCUGGACCUGAACAGCAACAGAACAGCGCGAGGAGCACUGCAGGAGCGCUGAUCCGAGUCCUCGUGGCGUUCUAUUUCCCGCGUUACAAACAUUAAAAACUGGAUAUAUAUUUGACAAACAGGGCUUUCUCCCUGGGUGCUGCUGUCUUCUGGACUCAUCUUCAUCUUCAGUUAUGCUCGGACUCUUCAGGCCCCAUUGAACAUGUCAUCUUCAUAUGCUGCCGCUAUAUCGGCUCUCCUUACAGCCAGCUCUUCUGAUCUAACCGUCAAACCCAGUCCUCACCCCUCCCCACGCCCAGCAGGGGGUCCUAAAGCUUCCCCAAAGCCUGCCCACAGCCCUCCAGCAGUACAGAAACAACCUCAUUCCCCUGAGCCUCUGAAAUGUUUCGAUGAGCAACAGGAGAAUCCAGAAGACUACGGCAUCGGUGGUUACUACCAUGUAGAGAUUGGAGAUAUUUUUGUUGACCGUUACCAAGUGGUAAAAAAGUUGGGAUGGGGCCACUUCUCUACUGUAUGGCUGUGCUGGGAUAUGGUGAACGGGCGUUUUGUGGCUCUGAAGGUAGUGAAGAGUGCUCAAACUUUCACAGAGACGGCACUGGAUGAGAUCAAACUCCUGAAAUGUGUAAGGGACAUUGACCCCAAAGAUCCAAACCGUGAGACCAUCGUGCAUCUCAUCGAUGACUUCAGGAUCACUACAGCAAAUGGAGAGCAUGUGUGCAUGGUUCUGGAGGUGCUGGGCCACCAGGUGCUGCGGUGGAUCGUCAAAUCGAACUACACUGGCCUCCCACUGCCCUGUGUGAAGAGCAUCCUCAGACAGGUUCUGCAGGGUUUAGAUUACUUGCACACUAAAUGCAAGAUCAUCCACACAGACAUCAAGCCUGAAAACAUCCUGCUGAGGGUGGAUGAGGUUUACAUUCAGAACCUGGCAGCAAACACUAAGCUGUGGCAGAUGCCAGUGUGCUCUGCUUUCACCAGCGCCACAGCGAACACAAGGUCCAGAGAAAAACAGAGUUUGUCCAACAUGUUUGGGAAGCUGACCGGGGUUUUCCACACUAUUGGGGAGUGGUCCAGCAAGGUCUCCAGGAUCCCCAUUAAGCGACUGACAAGAAAAGACAGGAGUCGACGAGGACAGGAAAACCCAUCCGAGCAAAAAAGAAAAGAAAACCUUCACGUUUCCUUUUCUGACGAGACUACUCCACCCACCACACCUCGCUCCACCUGUCCCUCUAAGCUCACAGCGGGUCCUAACUUCACGUUGAGGCGGCAGACGCUGCUGUUCGAAGACGGACCGGACUCGGCGCCACGCAACAACAGAGAGUCCAUCUGCUCGUGGCCGGACCUCAACACACAGGCCCCCGUCUCUGGCUCCAGAUCAGACUUAUUUCAUCAGGCUGCUGACAAAGAGCCGCCUCCUCCUUCAUCUUCCUCUCCUCGAGGUGACUCGGAUGUACUUUUGGACCUACUAAAGCCCAAGAAUGCUGAAAAAAUCCUCAUCAAGAUUGCGGACCUGGGCAAUGCCUGUUGGGUGCACAAACACUUCACUGAAGACAUCCAGACGUGUCAGUACCGCUCUGCGGAGGUUCUGAUCGGGGCUGAUUACAACACACCGUCUGACAUCUGGAGCACCGCCUGCAUGGCUUUCGAGCUGGCCACAGGGGACUAUCUGUUCGAUCCGCAAUCAGGAGCCACAUUCUCCCGCGAGGAAGAUCACAUUGCCCACAUCAUUGAGCUGCUGGGAUCCCUCCCAUCCCAGUUUGCACUGUCAGGGAGAAAUUCCAAACGAUUCUUCAACCGUAAAGGACAACUGCGACACAUCUCCAAGCUGAAGUCGUGGAGUUUGUUGGAGAUCCUGCUGGAUAAAUACGAGUGGCCGCGGGAGGAAGCCGUGCAGUUCAGCUCGUUCCUCGUGACCAUGUUGGAGCUGCUGCCGGAGAAAAGAGCCACAGCCGCCCAGUGUCUGAAACACCCCUGGAUCUCCUUCUAGCCCUGACUUGUUCAACGCCCAGUGGACUAGCUGACAUGGGACUUGGACAACUGUUGGAUGAACAGCAGUCUGGUGCUGGCAUCACGAGCACAGCUUUAUAGAUAUUUAUUACAUUCAUUUUGUAACCUUUUCGCAAUCAGCUUCCUUUGUCUUUUAGUAUUUUAAAGGGGCCCUAUUAUGAUAAUUUUCAGGUUUAAAUUUGUAUGUUGUGCCUCUACUGUGACCUGUUCACAUGCUUUAAUGUUCAAAAAGCUCUUUAUUUUGCUGCAGCACCUCUUUUCACCCUCUGUCUGAAACCAGAGCCCAGUCUGCUCUGAUUGGUUAGCUGGCCGGCUCCGUUGGGAUUGGUUAACCGCUUAGAGAUGUCCCGCUUCUUAGCCUAUCACAUACACUGUGCUGGAGCACUAGCUAAUAUAAGUGCAGUGUUGCAUAGUUAUGUCACUAUGUUCAAGUCCAAAGGAGGCGUUUCUGGCAGUGUGGCAGGGAACUUUGGGAUUUUAGCCUUUGCAGACCAUUUACAUGCACAAGAACCUAUUUAACACACGACUACAGGAAAGGAAAACAACCCAAAAAGCACAGUAGGGCCUCUUUAAAUGUCCGUCACUUCUGAUGAAGGCAUAGCAAUGACCAAAGAGAACGUUUGUCUGACUCGAAAACGGCCUUGUUUUAUGAUCACAGCUAUCUUGAAUAUCAAUAAACUGACAUCAAUUGCUUUUUCUUUCUCCUGCAGUUAUUUUUAAAACAAGACCUCACCUUCAAGAAGUGCUUGUGUGAAAGGUGGCGGUACGCCAGUCUGAAGUAUGAGAUGGAUUUAUUCAGACAGCACUCGGACAUCUUAAACGGAAACCCCCAGGAGGGGACUGGAGAGGGUUGUAUUAUUUAAAAAGAAAAGCAGUCUGUGUUAGUAACAACAUUUUAGGUGCUUUUCA